GCCUCAGCGUCCCUGAACUCGGCUCCGAGUGCACCUACGGACUGACUGUGGGGGCAGAGAAGGGCGAGAUCAGGACUCUGUCUUUGUUAAUCGUGACUGCAUGAAGGUCGCCUCCCUCCGGCCUACUUGGUGGGAGUGUCUGGUAUUGUUCUAAGGCCAGGAGCACGGUGAGCCACAGUCUGUUGGUAGAAUUUGGCGUCUUGAUAGUUGAGAAAAUGGCGAUGACACUGUUGGAAGACUGGUGCCGGGGGAUGGAUGUGAACUCCCAGAGAGCUCUGUUAGUCUGGGGCAUCCCAGUGAACUGUGAUGAGGCUGAAAUCGAAGAGACCCUCCAGGCUGCGAUGCCCCAGGUCUCCUACCGAAUGCUUGGGAGAAUGUUCUGGAGGGAAGAAAAUGCGAAAGCAGCCUUAUUAGAGCUCACUGGCGCUGUAGAUUACGCCGCGAUCCCCAGGGAGAUGCCGGGCAAAGGAGGGGUCUGGAAAGUGUUAUUUAAGCCCCCAACUUCUGAUGCUGAAUUUUUAGAAAGAUUGCACCUCUUCCUAGCUAGAGAGGGGUGGACCGUGCAAGAUGUUGCCCGUGUCCUUGGGUUUCAGAACCCUACUCCGACCCCGGGCCCAGAGAUGCCAGCAGAGAUGCUAAACUAUAUUUUGGAUAAUGUUAUUCAGCCUCUUGUUGAGUCCAUAUGGUACAAGAGGCUGACACUUUUCUCGGGGAGGGACAUCCCAGGGCCUGGAGAGGAAACCUUUGAUCCCUGGCUGGAGCACACUAAUGAGGUCCUAGAGGAGUGGCAGGUGUCCGAUGUAGAAAAGAGGCGGCGGUUGAUGGAGAGUCUUAGAGGCCCCGCCGCUGAUGUCAUUCGCAUCCUUAAGUCCAACAACCCCGCGAUAACCACUGCCGAAUGCCUGAAGGCGCUUGAGCAGGUGUUUGGGAGCGUUGAGAGCUCUAGGGAUGCCCAGAUCAAAUUUCUGAACACUUAUCAGAACCCGGGAGAAAAAUUGUCCGCUUAUGUCAUUCGUCUGGAGCCUCUGCUACAGAAGGUGGUAGAGAAGGGGGCCAUUGAUAAAGAUAAUGUGAACCAGGCCCGCCUAGAGCAGGUCAUUGCCGGGGCCAACCACAGCGGGGCCAUCCGAAGGCAGCUGUGGCUUACCGGGGCUGGGGAAGGGCCAGCCCCAAACCUCUUUCAGUUGCUGGUGCAGAUCCGUGAGGAGGAAGCCAAGGAGGAGGAGGAGGAGGCUGAGGCCACCCUUCUGCAGUUAGGCCUGGAAGGGCACUUCUGAGUGCCAGGAAAGGCAGCUUUAGUGCAGACCUAAGAUCACAGCUACUUUUCUUGUCCCUGUGGGGUCUUACAGAUGUGUCUGAGUAGUAAAGGCUUAGCCUUGUUCUGUUUUGUUGUUUUUUGGAGGGGAACGUUAGUCAGUCCUGAGUAUUCAUGUAACAUUCUAAAAUUGUGCCAGCGAGCACCGUGAGCUACUGCAAUGCAAGCGGGUCUUGCUGGCUAAAAUGCCAGGUAAAGGGUUGGUUGGACACAGCGCUUAGUGCACGCUGUCAUCAUGGACAUCAUAAUCAGUUGUGAAAAACACGCGAACCUAUGACACUUCCUAUUCCACACUGAAUGUGAAAUUGCAUGUUCAGAUGUUUACUACGAGGCCUGGCUCACAGGAAGUGUUCAGUAAAAGUAUGCACUGUUAGAUUACUGAUAACGCGGAUAGAUUUUUGUUUACCAUAAAUUGUUCCAGAUUUAUAUUAAUGGAAGGAAAUGUGCAUUUAUUAGCUAUUACUCAACUUUACAAUGCAAACAUCUUAUUUCUCAUCUUUAAACAUGUCGACCAGUUUAAUUGAAAAGUAUUCUGAGACUGCAAAAUGGGGUGUUAAAAAAUACUGCAGUUACGGAGCUGUGUAAACCAGUUUCUCAUUGCAUAAGAUACAGAUGUGAAUUGCAUGGAGAGGUUGAUAUGCACCUGUACAGUAAUUCACUCCCCCAUUUCAAAUCUUUGUCAGAGAAUAGUUCUUGUUCAUACUGAGUGUUCUAAAUUUGAAGUUAUAUAUACAAAUUAAAAUAUUUUAAAAAUUC